GAUACCAUAGGUGACACACAUAUAUUCUCAUUUAGCUCUGGUCAAUUACACUCGAUAUACCACCGUUUCUUUUUUCACAUAACGACGCCGUACCGAAGCAGGAAAUCCCGUACAUCUCGCAGUAUCCUCUUCUAGAAUAUUUAACAACCUUGGAUGCAUUCUCAUCAUCUUCAUUAACAUGGAACCUCAAAAUCUCAAAACAUCAAAUACAAAUAACGCCUCUACAAUGUAUCAUUCCCAGUUAGCUUUCAGGCUUAAUCCAAAGAUGGCGCCUGGACCGAGUCCCCUAUCCGCCUCAUUCUCGGACUCGGAAAGUGACCACUCGAAACUUCCGGGACGCGAGGAUCUUUCUCUAGAGCUCAUAGAGAGUCUCAAUCAAGCUUGUCGGAAACUCGAAAAACGUAUGGUUGAGGAAGAAGAGGAGAAAAUAUGGGCGGCGAUAGCAGCAGGAAAGUCAAUUAAAGAAGCGAAGCGAUGGAGAGGGAAAAGUCCAGCAGGGAGCGAGAGCUCGGAGAAACGAAGAAAAAUUUAAGAUAAGAAUUUGCGUCACUUGUUCUUGUAAUAUGAGUGAUACAGUCAGCUAUAUCACAAUAUCGCGCUCUGGUACCGGUAUUGGUCACUAUUGGACUAUGUCUGGGAGGGUAAAGCUUUUGGAUAGUCGUUAAAUAUGAGGAAUUUUACA